AAGACCGUCCAAGUAAUGCACCUCCGCUGCAUGUCCGGGACAAGAAAACACUGUGGCACACCUGGCAGAUCGACUACUUUGGCCCACUGUGACCCUCAGGGGGUAAAAAAUACAUACUGGUGGGAGUGGAGGUCAUUUCAGGAGCUCCCAUGGCUGGAGCCGUCACGGCUGCCACUGGGAAAAAUACAGUCCUUAGUCUGAAGGAGUGGUUUAGUACACUUCCCCUUCUUGAGGGGAUUCAAAGCGAUAACUGGUCGCACGUUUCAGCAUUUUUCAGCUGCAGUGGUACAAGACUGGUCAAAGGAAGAAGGGAUCCGGUGGGUAUUCCAUACUCGGGGAGCAGGGUCCUGCCAGCCAGCGGUGCCUACACAGCUCCGCUUGCGGAGGAACCGGCUGCUUCCCUGCCCACGGCACUGCGGCAGCUGGGUGCUUCUCCUGGGGGGUCUCUGCCUGCCAUGGAGCAUCUGGUGCUGGGCUUGGUGCUGCUGUCCGGGACCCUGGACACUGCCAGACCCCAGCACUGCCCAGACCUCAACCCUGUCAAGAAGGUGGCACUGGACAUGGCCCCCAGCUCCUUCGAUGACCAGUACCAGGGCUGCAGCCGCAUGAUGGAGAAGGAGCUGCAGGAGCUCAACCGCACCGAGUUCACCGACAAGGACUAUGCCAAGGCCUGGAAGGAAGCUGCUGCUAAGUGGCAGAGCAAGCAGCACCACAUCUCCCAGGUGCCAGCGCUGCGGCCAGAGCAUGUGGUCGCCCUGCUGGCAUACACCUGGGAAUGCAACCUGUACCGGGAGUUCAACGCAGCCGUGCGUGUGGCCGGGCGCUCCCGUGAGGAAUACCAGAAAAGCUUCAACUUCAAGGUGCUGCAUUUCCUCCUGAGCGAGGCCCUGCGUAUCCUGCGGGACACCCAGCCCCAAAAAUGCCACCACGUCUACCGGGGUGUCCAGGGUACCCGCUUCACCGCCCAGCAGCACCAAACCAUCCGCUUUGGCCAGUUCACCUCCGCCUCCCUACGGGAAGACAAAGCCUUGAAUUUCGGCAAGGACACCUUCUUCUCGGUGGAGACCUGCUAUGGUGUCCUCAUCAGGAACUUCUCCUUAUUCCCCACGGAGGAGGAGGUCCUCAUCCCGCCCUUUGAGAUCUUCAAUGUCACCAAAAUCACCCACAAUGGGAACAGAGCCUUCAUCCAGCUCCGCUCCCAGGGCGCAAGCAGCACCUACAACUGCGAGUGGGUGAAAGAGAAGAGAUGCAAGACCAUGGCGUGCGUCUUCAGCGCAGGCAGGAGCGUCCAGGGGGACCCCCCCCGCCUCUGGGGGUUCCUCCUGGCAGCCGCGGCCCUGGCAGCCGCCGCGGGAUCCUGAGCCGAGAUGCCACCGCUGCCACGGCACCAUGGCGAGGGAAAGGGGUCGGGAACGGGAGCCACCAGCUUCACGGAGCCAGCGGGACAGGACGGGGCAGCAGGAGGGCUGGGGGCACGGGGACAGCCCCGCUGCUCAGCCCUGCCAUGGUGCCACCGGCCCUGGGACACCCCGGCAGCCCCAGGACGCCAGCGGAGCCGGGACGAGACCUUUCCCUGGCUCCCACGGGAAUAAAGAUUUGCUCUGGGACUGGGGUGUCUCCGGGGGUUCCUGCGGCUCCCUGGGCUGGGGGCAGC